GGAGGGGCCGGCGCGAGAGGCGGGGUCUCGGGGGUGCGGCCCGCGGAGAUCCUGGGGCGCCGGGCCCGGGCUUCGAGCCGGUGGGAGCGGUUACCUUGCCCGCUUGGGUGGCGGCCGCCAGGCACGGCUAGGACAGCAGCAGAACCCCCUGCACGCCUGGACCAUGGACCCCGGGGAUUGCACCUGCAUGUCUGGAGGAAUGUGCAUCUGUGGAGACAACUGCAAAUGUACAACUUGCAGCUGCAAAACAUGUCGUAAAAGCUGCUGUCCCUGCUGCCCCCCAGGCUGUGCCAAGUGUGCCCGGGGUUGCAUCUGCAAAGGGAGCUCGGACAAGUGCAACUGCUGUGCCUGAGACCCGUCCUUUCGUGCUGGGAGAGAUCCUGGGAGCGUCUGUACAGUGCAUGAAUCAGAGGUUGAAACGAUUGUACCAUAAGUUGUGCUUUUUAUAUAUUUGCCCAAACGUGGUGUUGGUGACACUCAUGUAAAGUGCUGAGAGCAAUAAAGUUUUCACUCGUGGUC